AGAAUUUAGGGUUUCAGUUCGUUAUCGCCGUGCUUUAUUUCUCUGCAAGUUCCGAACAUUCCUCUUCCGAUCUUCAGAAAUGACAAAGAGGACAAAGAAGGCCGGCAUUGUCGGAAAGUAUGGUACUCGUUAUGGUGCUAGUCUGCGUAAACAGAUCAAGAAAAUGGAGGUCAGCCAGCACAGCAAGUAUUUCUGUGAGUUUUGUGGGAAGUAUGCAGUGAAGAGAAAGGCAGUUGGAAUCUGGGGUUGCAAGGAUUGUGGGAAAGUGAAAGCAGGGGGUGCAUACACAUUGAAUACUGCAAGUGCUGUUACAGUUAGGAGCACAAUUCGAAGGCUGAGGGAGCAAACUGAGAGUUAAGUAGAAGGUUCAUCAAUGUUGAGGACUUGAAUGGAGUUUGAUCACACUAGAAACUAGAAAACAAGGAUGAGGAGACGAUUAUUUUUUCUAGACGCAAGCGCCGACUUUUUUCUUCAUAACGUGAAUGGACUUUGAAGUUUGAACUUUGAACUAGUGAUGAUCGAUCAAUGAGUCCAGGUUAUCGCAAGUCGCAAGGGCAGCAGCCGCAUCUGUCGAUCAAAGAAUAAUGUCGCAAGGAUGAGAAAAACCUCAAUCGAUCAAAGAGUAAUGUCGUCGACUCGUCGAUUUGGUGUAAUAUGCUACUGUCAAUUUGAUGUAAUACAGAUGAUCGAAUUCGAUUUCGUUGAUUUUUUUGGUGUAUUACGUGAGUUUUGUUGGGUACCGAUUGAUAGAAAAGAAGACCGAAUAAGCAAUCGUGUUAGGAAAAAAAUGUGACUUUUCAUAUUUGGUUCGGUCCUUUUGGACCGAAUAAGCCCUUAUUCGGGUAACUCGGACCGAAUAACCCGAAAACCGAAUAAGCCUUAUAUAGAUACCCGAAAACCGCAAAUUGCUAAUUCGGUUCGGUUCGGUUCAGGUUUUCGGGCCAAAUUCUCAUCCCUAUCGGAAGACUCCAACAAAUACCAUCGGAAAACUAGACGCACUCAAAAUCCUCAACCUCCGAUCUAGUUUUCUCACUGGGAAUCUUCCUUCUAAUAUUACAUCUAUUCAUUCUCUUCAAUCUAUCUACUUUGGACACAAUAACUUCUCUGGUAGCAUUCGUCUUCCUCUUUCCCCUCAAAUAACUCAUAGAUCUCUCUUCAAUUCCUUCUCAAGCGUCGUUCCCGAUGUUAACCUCACUAGCUUAUGACUCCAAUUUCGUGAUGGAAGUGGUUAUAACUUCGAUCUUGAAGAUUUGUUGAGAGCGUUGACGGAGGUUCUCAGAAAAAGAAGCCAUGAAGAAACGAUGGCGGUGAUGAAGCAGAUCCAAGAAAUUGGGGUGGAGAAGAAGGAAUUUUAGCAACAUAUGGAGUUUGAAGCAAAGGGAUGGUGAUGCUCUAGUCUUUUCACUCGUUCAGGUCCGUUGGAAGACUUGAUCUUUGACUAACACUCGUCGGAAUCCUCAGUCGACUCACCACAAACAGCUUCAAUCUCUGACUAACAGAUCCGUUCUUAGUCCUAGUCUCGUUGGCGUUCUUCGGUGGUGGCAGUGGCGGUGAUAUCUUCCGAUGGUGACGACGGAAACUAGUGGUGAUGGUAUUUCAAACGAGGGAGAAGAGGUUUGUGAAGAGAGAGAUAAAGAGGGGGAAGGGAGGAUGUGGGUUUAGG